AAGUGUUUGAUUCACUAAGUGAAUUGACCUACACAAAUCAAAUGCUUUUCUAUGAGUUUUUGCUUGGCAUUUACAGAGCUGUGAAGAAAAACAAAUUUUUAUUAUCAUGGACUUCCUAAAGCGUUGCUUCAUCAAACGACCUUCUCCAGAAGACUUGUCGGAUGGCCUAGAAACAGAAUCCCAGUACAUCGCACGAUGGAAUUCUAUUCGAAUUAUUUACUACACAAUGUUUUUAAUGUCACUUGGAUUUAGCAUAAUUCUGACAGGCGUUUGGCCUUAUCUGGAUAAGUUAGAUCCACAGGCUGGAAAGGAAUUUAUGGGAUGGAUAGUGGGAAUCAAUCCAGUUGGGCAAUUGAUUUUUUGUCCUCUUAUUGGAUUGUGGAGUAAUAAAUUACGUUCAAUAAGACUGCCACUAUUGUGUUCAUUAGCACUGUUUUCGAUUGCAAGUGCAAUGUACUCAACGCUAGAGCUAUUCACCUCUCAUCAGAAGUAUUUGAUGUUGCUUUCCCGGUUUCUGAUCGGAGUUAGUUCUUCCAGCGUAACUGUUUGCCGGUCAUAUCUUUCUGCGGCCACCAAGCUAAAAGAGCGUACAGCCGCUGUGUCUAUGGUGUCAUUGGCACAAACUUUAGGGUUCAUUGUAGGUCCUGCAUUGCAAGGACUUGUAACCCCCUUAGGAGAUCGCGGUUUCCCACUUUUCGGCAGUUCUUUGUAUUUAAAUAUGUACACCGCGACCGGCUGGAUAAACGUGCUGAUGGGGAUGAUGAAUUUCGUUCUGUUUCUACCCUGUAUAUUCAAAGAAAAACGAAUUGCUGCUAGGGAAGCAAUGGUUCAACAAGGAAUGGAAACUGAGAAGGAAACUUGGAAAGCUAUGAAACCAGAUUAUAUAUCAGCUUGGUCAUUAAUUGUGGCUUUCUUCAUUCUUGUGUUUAACUUCGUUUUCCUUGAAACAUUGGCAACACCCUUAACGAUGGAUAUGUUUGCUUGGACUAAAGCAGAAGCGUUGUAUUAUAUGGCUUGGGUAAUGGCCAUUGGAGCUAUUGUUGCUAGUGCGACCUUUGUUGUGAUAGUACCGUUAUGUAAAAAGUUUCCCGAACAAAACGUUCUGCUUUGGGGAGGAUUUUUCCUCAUGGUGCUAGGACGUGCCGUUUAUUUACCAAUGGGCGAUCCGCCAAAGUUGGCCAUUCCGAAUAACGAAACUCUUGCUUUGAAGCUGGAAGCAGAUUCUAAUAUCUAUGGAUCUAAUUUCACAGAAGUAUUUUCCAAUUUGACUAGGCUUGAUUUUGGAUAUACAAAUUCAUCAGUUGAUGAGGAGCUAGCCGCCACUGAAUUGUUGGGUUGUCCCACUUCGCAAGAGUGGUGUAAAACUACAAAAGGAAUGACGAUAACACAGUUUUUAAUUGGAUAUGCCUUCACAGCUAUUGGUUAUCCGAUAGGGGUGACCCUAAUUACGACCAUUUUUUCUAAGGUUCUUGGCCCACGACCGCAGGGCACGUGGAUGGGUAUAAUGACUAGCUCCGGUUGUUUAUCGAGAGCAAUGGGGCCUGUUUUUCUGUCCACAAUCUACACAAAGUUUGGACUAUACUGGACGUUUGGCACAACCGCUUUGAUGAUGGCCGGAACAAUGCUAUGGCUCUGGAUCGUAAGGGAACGACUAACCCCAAUAAGUUGCGAAAAUCCUAUAACGGGUCAAGAGCUGCAGACGAUCAAUAGAAAGGAUAAUGUCGGAAAAAUAGAUCCGAGCGAAAUGGAAAAACUGAAUAGUAACAGAUCCAAGGGCGACUUCAAACUGUCCGCUAUUGACAAUCCAAGUUGAGUCUGAUAUUCUAGAUACCAAACAUUACCCUAUCCAAAAGAUCACGUAUACGCGAGAUGAUAUUGUAAAAAACGUAUAAGAGCUGAGUGUUAGAUAAAUAUAGACAAAACACAGGUUAUGUAUGAGAACCCCAGCAACAAUUUGAGUUUUAUUGCCCUCUUAUUAUGGUAUUUGUGAUCAAUUUUGGUCAUGAAAACCAACAUAAGCGUGUAAUAAAACCCUCAUUGUUACUUGGGAAUGUGAUACUUAUACGAGUAAAGUCUGAAAAAGUACAUUUUAAAAAUCGCAAAUCGUACAACAAAUUUAUUACUGCUUGCAGUGGGUUUCGCUUUCCGUACUUGUUUUUUUCUGAUCCACAGAAUUUUACAACUCACCAUUUAGGUAGUCAACAUUAUUGAAUUUUACCCAAAUUGGCAUGAAUAAUAAACGAGUGUAUUUUGUAAUACUGAUUUUUUACUGAUUCUUUUAUUUACUAAGAGAUUUGCAUAUUUUGUAUAGAAUUUACGAAAGUUAACAGGGAGUUAAGUACAUGG